UGGAGCGGAAAUGCACUACUUUUCGCGGUACAACCUCUUCCUGUCCUCUUUCCCAGCUUCCCGUGCGACAUGACUAAGAAGAGAAGGAAUAACGGUCGUGCCAAGAAGGGCCGUGGGCACGUGCAGCCCAUCCGUUGCACCAACUGUGCCCGCUGCGUCCCCAAGGACAAGGCCAUCAAGAAGUUUGUCAUCAGGAACAUUGUGGAGGCUGCAGCCGUGAGAGACAUCUCAGAGGCCAGCGUCUUUGAUUCUUAUGUUCUGCCCAAGCUCUACGUGAAGCUGCACUACUGUGUCAGCUGCGCCAUCCACAGUAAAGUGGUGAGGAACCGCUCCUGUGAGGCCAGGAAAGACCGCACCCCACCACCCAGGUUCAGGCCCAAUGCUGGUGCACCAAGAGCUCCUGCAAAGCCCAUGUAAAGAACAUGUUUACGCCUGAGAAAUAAAAGUCUUCACAAAGUC